AUGAAUUCUCCCAUUGAAGCUGGAGCUGCGGAGGAGAAGCAGGUACCGUCAGGUCCUACAAGAAUUCAAGAUGUCCCUAGUCUACCAUCUGCCGACCAAGAUAAAGAUAUCGCCAUCGCUGUGGUGGGAGAGCAUCGUCAUGAAAUUGACCCCGCGGUAGAAGCUCGAGUCGUUCGGAAGAUAGAUCGAUAUCUGGUCCCUGCUAUGUUCAUUGGAUAUGGACUUGUUUAUUAUGACAAGGCAAUCUUAGGAUCCGCAGUCCUCUUUGGCAUGACGACUGAUUUAUCUCUCUCCAUCACCAAUACCAAUGUGACCCCUCAUGCUACAGAUACCUCCCGUCUUAGUUGGGCAACAUCCCUUUUUUACUUUGGCAUGUUGUCGGGUUUAUAUCCAAUGACAUUUGCGUUGCAAAGAUUUAAUAUGGGUAGAAUCAUAGGAAUCGUGGUAUGCUUGUGGGCCUUGAUCUGCAUGUGCACAGCUGCUGUAACAAAUUGGCGCGGUCUAUAUGCACAAAGGUUCUUCCUUGGUUUUGUCGAAAGUAUCAUCCCAACUGGAUUCAUGUGUAUAAUCAGUUCCUUUUACACACAAUCCGAACAAUCUUUGAGGCAGAGUUGGUGGUUUUCCUCAACUGGGGCUUUCACCAUUAUUGGAGGUGCACUUAAUUAUGGAUUCGGACAAAUCGAUGGUGGAGACCUUAAGAGAUGGCAGUACAUUUAUUUGCUUGCCGGGUCUCUUACUUUCCUUUUCGGAAUUUGUUGUUUCUUCGUACCAGAUUCCCCAGUCUCAGCUUGGUUUCUUACGACAGAUGAGCGUAUGGUUGCUACGGAACGUCUAAGAUAUGGUCAAACCGGAGUUCGUUGUACGAAGUUCAAGUGGUAUCAGAUCAAGGAAUCCUUCCUUGAUAUUAAAGUAUGGCUCGUCGCUAUCAUGAUGGCUUCCGCGUACACUGUCAACGGAGCAGUCAGUGGUUUUGGCCCUCUUAUCGUUUCUACCUUUGGGUAUUCGACUCUGGAUUCUAUUCUGUUCCAAUUCCCUCUUGGGGCAAUAUGUUUGAUCUUCAUCUUACUCACUGGUUAUCUUUCAUCGCAUAUUCCAAAUAUACGAAUCAUCCUCCUCGUCAUUUGUUGUCUGCCAGUCAUUGCUGGAUGUGCAAUGAUAUGGAAAAGUUCUUGGCAUCAUCAUGCAGCUACUCCAGUUGUCGGGUAUACUAUAGUUGGAUUUUUUGGUCCUGUAGUGAGCUUGAUUAUCACAAUUGGUAUGGCCAAUGUUGCAGGCCAAACAAAAAAGUGUUUCAUGGCAGCGACUAUUUUUGUGGCAUACUGUGUUGGUAACAUCGUAGGACCUCAAUUGAUCAUAUCACAAACGAAGUCGAGACAUUAUCCAGAGCUCUGGCUAGGAUUAAUCAUUUGUUAUUGCAUUACAAUUAUAGCAGCAGUGGUGUUGUAUGCUGUGCUGACUAGAGAAAAUCGCAAGAGAGCAUUAAUGGAAUUGGAUCAAGUGAGUAGGGACAAAAUGGCAUUUCAGGAUUUAACCGACAGGGAGAAUCCAUAUUUUCAAUAUAUGCUUUAG